UUAAUUCCAACAGCUUUACUUCCGGGGCGAGGGAGGCAAUGAGCCUCCUCCAUCCGAGCACCAUCACGAUAAAUCCGUAGUCUCUCGAGAUCUCCCGCAUUACUACCGAAGAACCACCACCAUACCACCAUGGCCGAACUCGCGCGCAUACCACGGCCAUGGUUGCCGCUGCUGAGACGACCGAUUCAGACGUGUAUGGUAGCCUCGCCGUAUGUCGGCCUGGGACAGAGCCGCAGCUUCAGCGCUACGGCAGCAGUCUACCGCACCCAGAUGAAGACAGCACACAAGAGCAUGAGGAGGAACGAGGUUAACGCCCAGCCACAGUUUUUGCUUCCCUUCACCAUCGUGCCCCCACCAAUAUGGCGCUGGCCCACCUCGCCCUCGAAAUUCUUCCAAAUGGCGUACCUAGUCGCCAAGAACCGCUUUCAAGCCUUGUUCUCGCUGAUAGGGAUAUACUUCGUCUCGUUUCCCGAGAAAAGCUUCGGAUUGCCUCGCUUCCGCGCGCACAAGGGCGCGACCAUACCGACCGCCAAGGCCCUUCAUCUCGAGAUGUCCGAGGCCGUGGCCUCGGGCGACAAGGAGACGCUCCGCCGCGUCUGCUCGGGCGGGUUCUUCGGCACAUUAGCAGGCGUCAUCGACAACCGCCCUCACGGGGUGCGCGCCGAGUGGGAAUUGCUCCGCUACGUGGACAAGGCGCGGUAUCCGCGCCUCGCGGACUUCCGAUGCAGCUAUCAGCCUUCGCCGUCGGGCAAGGCAAAGGACAUGCGGCUCGUCAAGCAGGCUGUCGUGAGCAUCUCGAGCGUGCAGCGCAUCGCGCGGUACUAUGACAGAUACGGCGGUGCCAAGAUCCCCGGUAGCGAGCGCGAGCAGCAUUUGGUCGAGCACAUUGUCCUGCAGGCCGAGAUCAAGGACAAGACGUUCGAGUCGGAGCCCUGGAAGAUCUGGGGCACGUUGUCUGAGAUGUCGUUUGAGAAGAUGCGCGAUGAUGCGGCGCUGUUCACGGAACUUAUGGCUCAGAAUGCGAAAGCAGGAAGGUGAUAAUAAGUGCUUGCUUGGUUGCUUGAAAGUCCGUAGAGAACAAGAUAGGGGUUAGAUAGAUAGUGGCGCUAUGCUUGGGGGAGGGGUUGAAGCCUCAGGAAGAGAAGACGAAGAAAGCAACCGGCUCUUUGUAACAUAAACCCACGGAAACCUGUCUGUACAACCCCAUCAAGCGCGACUCUCCUGCCCUAUUAAUCGUGGAAUAAGGGGGAGGGCAAAGAAAAAGAAGCAAUUUGUAUAUGUAAAUUGUACUCUACACCGUCAACAGACUACAUAAAAAGACACAUAUCAUGACCACUUAUCAACAUGGUGUUUUC